UAACGUCAGCAUGGCGUACUCGUCUUGUAAACAAAUCGCGAUCGGUUCGACUUCGGCUUCUCAACGUGCGGCGCGAUUUUGAAUAAAACAGUAACCGUUUCUAUUGUUCUCUCAGUCCAGUCAGUACCUACUCCUCCUCAGAUGUCGACCGCAGCGAAGCGUCCCAAGAUGGACAAAAAGGGGAAAUCGGACAAGCGAAAUUACUAUGCCAAAGCGUUUGCCGGCGGAGCCAAGAAGUUCCUGGAACCGGGGCAGUGUGGAUUUAUGGUGACGUGCAACUUCCGCGAAAAAGACUGCAUUCAGGAGAGCUACCGGCUGCUGAACGAAUGCGCUGACGAGUUGUACGGUAAAGUGGAAGAUACCCAGGAAAAGACUCCCGCCGAUCAGAACGAGGACGAAGAGGAGGAAGUUGACAUCUCAGUUCAGGUACAAAAUCAGGCAGAGGCAGCCAAGAAGCAGCGACCUCAGUUCCGGUUCCAGUCGGUCGAAACCGGAGCGAAGAACUGUUGCUUCAUCACAACGACCCUGAAGGAACCCAAGGAGAUUGCGUUGAAAAUCCUCCGCGAACUAAACGAAACCAAGAAGCGCAAAAGCCGAAACAUUCUGCGGCUAAUGCCGAUCGAAGUGGUCACCAGGGCCAAUCUGAAGGACAUCAUCGAUGCAGCGGGCGCCCUAUUCGACAAGUACUUCCUGAAGGAACCGAAGAAGUUUGCCAUCAUGUUCAACAGGCGUUUCAACAACAAUGUCGACCGGAGCGAAGUCAUCGACCAGCUGGCCGGUCUGAUUACUUCGAAGAACAUUCACAACAAGGCCAAUCUGAAGAAUCCGGAUCUGGCCAUCAUUGUGGAAGUCAUCAAAGGACUGUGUCUGAUUAGUGUCGUGCCGGACUACUUCCAGCUGAGGAAGUACAAUAUGGUGGAGAUUUGUGCCCAAAGGGAUGAAGGUGAUAAGGAAAAGUCGGAGGACAAGGAGGUCGAGAAGGCAGAAGAUAAGACGGAUGCGACAACAGAGAAUUCAGAGGGCGAUAAAGUGAAGACGACAGAAGAUGCCGAAAUGACCGAAGACUCGACAGCAGAUGUCAAGACAGACGAGAAGCUGAAGGAAGAUAAGCCAGAGGACACUCCGGCGUCAGAUGCGGUAGAAUCUACCGCGGAAUAAUACACUAUUAUACGUUGAAUUAUCGGUUUUAUAUUCAGGAAUAAUAAAAUAAUAAAUCAAAAUUUCUUUCUUCAA